AUGUCUCAAGCAACUUUUUCAGAUCCUCUUGGCCGCUCGGUGGCAGAAAUCACUUUGGGAAUAACCUUCGCCAUUCUGGUUUGCCUCGCUGCCAUAAUUGGUAAUGUGCUGGUUGUUUAUGUUGUAAUUAAAUACUCCGAGAUGCAAACCAUCACCAACAUUUUCAUUCAAAACCUUGCACUGACUGAUAUCGCCACGGCGACUCUUAACAUGCCGUUCUGGACAGGAAGCUUGUACAUGGGAAGGUGGAAUUUUAGUCAGGGAUGGUGUGAAGUUUCUGCAUCAAUAAUACUCGUUACGGCUAUGGCCUCAGUGUUAAGUAUGGGUUUAAUUGCCCUGAACAGAUACAUAAAAGUCGUGAAGCGAGCCUUGUAUAUCAAGUUCUUUCCCAGUAAGAGAGUAGCUUGGAUGUACUGUGGUGUCGUCUGGCUGGUUUCUGUCCUAUUCGCCACACCUGCGUUGUACGGAUGGGGAAAAAUAGACUUCGACUCAGAUCUCUUACUCUGUUUCUUUAAAUGGAAGGAGGGACACUUUUCUUUGGUCGUGAUGAUUGCUUGGUUCUUUAACGGGAUGGCAAGUACGAUAAGUUACUCCUACUGGAGAAUUUACCAAACAUUGAAAGAAAGCACAAACAAUAUUAACGCAAAUGUCGCGCAAAUCGGUGUCGGCGCGCCAAGGCUCAAUCGCGCCGAUUUCAAACUUCUUAAGACUUGUUUCACGGUGGUUUGCUUCUUUUUCACCACAUGGGGUCUUCCAUCCAUUAUCACUAGUUUAGCCACUUAUGGAGUUUCCGCUCCUUGUGUAACACUUAAGGUAGCCCCUUAUUUUACGUUCUCUGGUAGUUUUGUGAAUCCAAUCAUCUAUGGGAUCAUGAAUCCGCAGUUUAAAGAAGCUUUCAAAAAGGCACUAGAAUGUUGGUGUUAUGGCUACCAUAAUGCAGAACAGAAUCAUGCCAGAGCUGGUGCUGCAGUAAUACAUACCCUUUGA